UGUAAGGUACCUUAAAUAAUACUAAGAUUAUUUGAACACUACAGUCAACAAGAAAAUGCAGAUAAUAACUUGGUUGGUUUUAAAUGUUGUGAAAAUUAACAUAAUAUUUUACCAACAGAAAAAUUCGAAAUUACUGCGGCGGUAUAGUUAAUGCUGUGCAAAACCAUUGGCAGACACCUGCUAAAAACAACAUGCUUUUGCGUUUAACAGUACACCGAGGCAUAAACAUUAAACACCGCAUGUAAUGUCUAAGCUAGUUUUUAUGGUAUGUCUCCUCAGACAUGUAUCUAUUAUGUCAACAGAAUCCUUUUUGGAAGGUUUAUUGCAAUGUCAGAGCUAUGAUGAAACAAAACGAUCAUAUCAGAUAAGAAAGUAGACAAGGAAGAAAACUUCGAUUCAUUUCCUGUGCUGUUUUUUUGCACUGCAGAACAAUGGAUACACCACUCCUUAUCAUUUUCUGCACCUGUUUUUAUAUGUCCUUCUGUGAUAACAAAACAGAGAACUGUAUAGAGAUGCGUGAACAAGAAACAUACGAUGCCAGGGAUGGAGAAGUUGUCAGACUUGAAUGCCAUAUAAAAGAAAUUAAUGAUAAUUAUGAUUUCAACUUGACGUGGUACAAAAAUGACAAUCAAAUAAUCGAUGGAAUAGGACAAAAAAUUGAAGAACAGAGAAAUGUACUGUGGUUUUUACCAGCAUCACUCUCAGACUCUGGAAAUUAUGUCUGUGAAGUAAGAUUCUCAACAUCCUGCUACAAGUUAGAAAUGGGCCUGUCUGUGAAGGCCCAGGGCUACUAUAUUAAUAACUUGGAUAUAGUGGAAUACUCAAAACCUGCUGUUAUCCCUUGCUACAUCCUGCAGCAUGUUGUCGAUUUAGAUAAGAACCCAGACGUUCAGUGGUUUAAGAACUUUGAACCUUUUCAAGUAAAUGGGAAAAAAAUUAAAAGGAUUGAAAAUACACUUCGCAUAUCAGAUAUGAACCACAAUGAUGCUGGAAAUUACACCUGUCAAGUAAUCUUUACAUACAAGGGGAAAAGGUAUACUACAUCAAGUAAUACUGAGAUAACACUUGAAGAUCCAAAAGAGCCCUUAACACCACAUGUGAUAUAUCCACAGAACGAAACUCUUGAAGUAGAAUGCGGCUCAGAAAAGAUCUUAACUUGCAGAGUAUUCAUAGGAAUCGGUGAAUACUUAGAGCCAGUGAUAUAUUGGACUGUAAAUAAUACACAUCCUGAGAUGUACAAUGCAAUUAAACAGCUACCAGGCAUAAUGAAAAAAGAAAACGAUACACAUUAUGCUGAACUAGAACUGGUAAUAUCAGAAGUGACAUCAGACUUGUAUGAAAUACCCUUUAAAUGCAUUGCUACAAAUGCAGCUGGAAUAGAUGUUGGGCAUUUACGACUGCAGCCAGCAAAACACAGGAAUUGGCACCUGCUUUUCAUUGUGCUUACAAUAUCUGUUCUGGUAAUGCUGGGUGUAGUAAUAUAUACGUUUUUCAAGAUUGAUAUUGUCCUUUUCUACCGGGAAAUAUGGAACAGAACCCGAACAGCAAAUGUUUCAGAUGGGAAGCUCUAUGAUGCAUAUGUGAUUUAUCCCAAAAUUGACACAUUGAGUUCAACAAGAAGGGCUGAAACAUUUGCACUGCAGAUACUUCCUGACAUGUUAGAGGACAGAUAUGGAUACAAAUUGUUUCUCUUGGAAAGAGAUCAAUUACCUGGGGAAGUAGCAGUUCAUAACGUCAUUAACGAGACCAUCAGAAAAAGCAGAAGGCUAAUCAUUAUCCUCACUCCUACAUGCUUCUGGGAUGAUCACUGGCAGACCACAUUUGAACAGCAGAUUGGAUUAUACGAUGCUCUGAUACGGGAUGAAAUCAAAGUGAUUCUCGUCGAGAUGGAAAGGGAGAUCAAUUACUCAGAGCUUCCCGAAUCACUCAGAUAUAUAAAACAAAAGCAAGGAGCCUUAAGGUGGAAAGGAUACCACAAGAAACGUGUGCCACAUAAUGUAAGGUUCUGGAAACAGUUAAGAUAUUGCAUGCCAUGUGAGCGAACCUACACACGUCCUUUUUUUACCUGAAGGUUGUUGGGAUAUACAGACACAGACAUGAUUUUAAAUUUUAGUUUCAUUGGUACCAAACUCACUAACCAUAACGGUUGGAGAGACCCUGUGAGAGGAUGGUUUAUCAGAGGUCUGAGAGUGGGUGGUGACUGCAAUAAAUAUAGGAAAUGUCUUUGACAGCAGCACUGGAGUUUUGGCACACUUUAAUUAAGGAGUGUGACAGAGCAUAGGCUCUGCACAUGGGGGUGCACGCGUGUGUGUGUGUGUAAGUGAGUGAGAGUUUGCUGGCUGGCGGACAUCUUGGUGAAGCAACAGGCGGAAACCAAGAUGGCCACCGUUUGCACAGCCACAUGGUUUUGAUUGUUUGAGUGACUGAGUAAUUGUUUAAUUCAUUGUUUGAUUGUGUGUGAGGGGUAGAGUGUGGAAUAUGGCCAGGUAGUGAUUGAUUGAAUGAUUCAUUUGUUUAUUUGAAGAGUUUUGUGAUUAUUGUGUCUUGUGUUUUGUUUAUUUUGUUCCUGUGUUUUGUUUGUUUGUUUUGAUUACUAAAAGAGCAUGAAAGCGUUUAACUUGCCCGGGAAGCUACGCCACAAGGAGCUAACAAAAAUAAAUGCAGUCCAUUAAACCACAAAACAAAAAUAUGCCCAACUGGGUCACCAAAUGAUACACCAUAGCUUGUCUCCCCUUUAUAUACUGCUGAGGUAGUUCAAUGAGAUAAUUAAGCACUUGAUUAGGCCAUGCCAUUUAUCUGAUCAACUAUAUUGAUCUGUCCAAUCAGUACCUAAUCACAUCAUUAUACAAUGGCUUGGAUAAAUUAAGCUCUGGAACAGGCUAAACAAGAUUGCAUGACCAUGCAGUAAGACUUGUCUUACUGCACAGCUGUGACAUCAUCAACCAACACACUUAACUGGUCUAUUAAUAUAACUAUGCCUUAAUAAUAAUUAACAAGGAGUGACAUUCCACAAAGUAAUCUUGACCUUUUUGGAAGUGUGUGACGAAAAACCAUCACUGUUUAAAAAAAAAAAAAAAAGCUUACCUGGAAGAGGGGUUAAAUGUUUUUUAAAAUACAAUGUGAUUUUGUUAUUGUUUUAAUUGUUAUUGAGAAUGUAUUUUUGUACAAAAUUACAUAGGUAGAGUGUUUAUAUAAAAUGAGCAAAAUGUAACCGGUAAACGAUCUGUGUGUUAGUGGGCGGGGUUGAACCGCAUAUGGUUUAGUAAAAGAGAGAAGGUUUGUCUGCUCAUCAGGAGCAGCGACGUAUACAGAAUAAGCAUUCUAUUUAUUUACCUAUACGACCAAUGUUUGAGUCUCUAAUGGCUUCCAGCCUCCGGUUGACAUGAUUAUGGUGGAAAGCAAGUUGCAGGUUUUUCAACUCCUUCACAAAAUGGCUCGUCAGAAUAAACAAAAAAACUUUGCAAGUAUUGGUAUUUGACAUUUCUAACCAAAACCUAGAUGAAAGUGAGGAAAACAAACCUGAAGUGAACACUAGAAUGUUUUAAUGGAAACAAAAACAUUAGCCUGGACUUUAAAACUAUGCAUGUUUGCCAGCCUGGUGAUCCUUUGUGCCUUGUUAACAGUUUUAAAAAAUAUUACCUUAGAAACAUGAUGUCUCAGAUUUCAGAGCAAGCUGGACUUUUAGAACGAUACACAAAUCACUCAAUCCGCAGCACUGCUGUCCAGGUUUACAGUCCAGGGAAAUUAAGCCUGGGUUGUUUUUCCACUGCAGAGAUGAGUCGUGCUACUGAUGUCACAUGCAACAAAAGACAGUUGUUAUUAAUUAUUGUUAUUAAUUAACUCAAUUUGCCAAAAGAUGCACAAACAAAUACUGUUAAAAAAUUAAUAGACCAACGGUACAGCUGUAUCUUAUAUAUCACUAUAUUUUGUAAAUAUAUUUAGGAAUGUCUUUAUAAUCCACAAAGUCUACUGAAUAUAUCGACUUGCUAAAGUUCAGUUAGUUCUGUUGAAGAGGAAAACUAUCCCUGUUAAGGAUAGCUAUUGUUUUUUCUAGUUGUUUUUUUUGUUUGGGUGCUUAAAAAACGAGAGCCGUAGCUGUAUGUAUGGUACAGCUGUACAGUAUUGUGUUUGACUAUAUUUUUGUAAAUAAGUUUAGAAUUGUUUUAUUUUUGUAUUUUUUUGUUUAUAUUAACAUAAUAAAGGUCAAGGAUGAGAAAUUUGGCA